UCCUUCGCUCUGUAACCCCGCUUUCUCUGGACAGCGUGGGAAAUUGGCCCAAUUACUGUAAUGUAAAACAAUGAUCAUGUCAAUUGUGUUUGACCUAUUCUAUUGAAUGUUUCUCAUGAAAUGUGUUACUAGCUGGUCCAUUGCCAAAUUCGAGCUUGACGUUCCCAUAUCGAAUCCCAGGACAACAGUAACAUCCAACGAUGGCUGACAAAGUGAAGGUAUUCUGUAUCAUGUUCAACAAUGAAGACAAGCGUGAAUACAGUGCUGGUGAAGUUCUAUCUGGACACAUUGUGGUCGAGGUGUCUACAGGUGUGUCGGUACAAAUCAAAGCUGUCAAAAUAUCGACCAGAGGAUGUGCCCAGGUCUGUUGGGGUGAAGGGACUCGACAAGCAUCAUCACCGAGCAGUGCUGCUAUAGCAAACACAUCAUCUCAGUGUGAGCAGGUGGAAUACUUCUGCAUAUCUCAAACUCUCAAAGAAACACCAGAUGGUGAGGAAUUCAUCAGUCUUGAUGAAGGGCAUUAUGAGUUCCCCUUUCAUGUGGAGCUCACUCAAACGCGCCUUGUUACCUCUUUCAAGGGGAAGUAUGGGAGUGUUUGCUAUGAGGUGACAGCUGUAUUACAGAGGCCCUUGAAUCAAGAUCUAACUGUCAACAGAGAAUUCUCUGUUAUCAGCCAUGUUGAUGUCAAUUCCCCAUGGUUACUGUCCUCUGUGUCUACAAACAACAACAAGAUGAUUGGCUGUUGGAUUUUUACCUCAGGCCCCAUCUCUCUGAAUGUCAAUAUCAACAGAAGGGGCUACUGUAAUGGAGAGUCAAUCCCCAUCUAUGCUGUGAUUGAGAACUGUUCUUCUCGACUCAUCGUACCUAAAGCAGCUAUCUACCAAAUACAGACCUUCAUGGCAAAUGGCAAAACAAAAAGUCAUACAAAGUUGGUUGCCAGUGUGAGGGGUAACCACAUUCCAUCAGGCUGCACAGAUACCUGGAAUGGAAAAACACUGAAGAUUCCACUUGUCUCUGCCUCAAUUCUCAACUCCUCAGUCAUCAGAGUGGAAUACUCCCUGGCAGUCAUGGCACAGAUACCAGGUGCUAAGAAACUCAAGGUGGAGCUUCCCAUUGUGAUUGGCAGUAUACCAUACAAUGGCCUUGACAGCAGAAGCUCCAGCUUGAGCAGUCACUUCAGCAUGGACAUGAGCUGGCUCGCACUGGCGCUUCCUGAAGUGCCUGAAGCCCCCCCUAACUAUGCGGAUGUGGUGUCUGAGGAAGAGUUUGAACUGCACAGCCCCUCUUACACUCAGUCCGAGGAGUUGGAGAGACAGCUUGGUGGACCAGCCUUUGCUUACAUCCAGGAGUUCAGGUUCCAGCCUCCACCACUGUACUCUGAGGUUGAUUCCCACCCAGUCCAUAGCUAGGCUAAAUGUUAAGCCUCUACAUCAUCUGUUAAAGAACCAAAGUGAUGCCUUCAAAUUGCAAUGUUGCACAAUAUUUAUAUUGUGGUGGAAAGAGUGUAAUAUAGAGUGAUCAAGUCUUGAACUAAUUAAACUUUGGAUUCAAAAGCAGAUUAACAGUAUUUUUUGAAUGAUUAUAUACUAGGCUGUGUUGAGAAAUGGAGCCUACUCUUUACAUGACUGUUAUUAGAAAGGGAAUUACUGCACAGCACAUUGUUGUAACAUAAUACAAGAUAAGGUGUGUUAUCUGCUGUAUAUAAUGUAAAGCACUUUGAGAGCUACUGAAACAGGUUUUGUUGUUGAAAUCUACAAUAGAUUUAUUCCUGUAUGUAGUGAAUCCUUUCCUGAUCAGGGUGUAUAAUAUAACAUGUGCAUUCUUUUUGAUACAUUAACUAACAAUACAUGUUCAGGGUGUAUAAUAUAACAUGGGCAUUCUUUUUGAUACAUUAACUAACAAUACAUGUUCAGGGUGUAUAAUAUAACAUUGGCAUUCUUUUUGAUACAUUGUAACUAAAAAGUUGAAAAUGUCUGAGCAGAAACUGUAUUAUGCUUUAAUAGUUCGUGGAUAUUUUGACCUUGGAGUUGUUCCUUCUCAGAAUAUAUUGCCUUAUCUGAAAUGUAACUGAUGUUGAGUUUUGUGAGAAUUGUGAGUGCCUAGGGAAAACCUUGGAUCAUGCAGUGUUGUGAAUGUUUAUCAGGUACAGACGUAUGUAUGUAUGUAUGUUAGUUAUCAUGUUGCUAUUUACCAGUUUAUCUAUUGAAAUGUAUACUUUUGCAGGAUGAAUACAAAGACAUAUUACCAUACUACUGUAUGUUUUACAUUGUAUCAGAAUGGCAUGUUGCUAUUCCAUACAUCAGUCAAUCUGAACCCAGUGGGUUUCUG